CAAUCAGAUCAGAUCAGAUCACAUUAACGCAGCCGUUAAAGCCAAACACUUUCCCAAAUUUUCCCAUCGGAUUUUCCAUUUUCUUUCUCGCUUCCCAAACAAACAGCAAUGGCGGAAGAAAGCCAGUCGUGGCCGUUGGCACCCAACCGAAUCCACCACCGGAGCGACGAAGAGAACCCGGCUUUCAAAGCCAUACGAAAAGAGCGGAGCAACAAGUGCUUCAUCUACGUCUUCGCCACCAUCGUCGCUCUGGGUUUAGUUUUACUCGUUUUCUCCCUAAUCGUUCUCCGACCAAAAUCUCCCGACGUUAAAAUCAGAUCCGUCACCGUUAAAAGCCUCCACUACGCAACCUCGCCGUGGCCUUCUGUUAACGCGACUCUGGUGGCGGAGCUCUCGAUCAAGAAUCCUAACUUCGGACCUUACAGUUUCGACGCAAGCUCGGCGAGGAUCCUCUACGGCGGUCAGAAAAUCGGCGAGCGGCGGUUCACGAAGGGCCGGACGGCAACCAAAGGGACGAGUAGGUUCAGUGUGACGAUGGAUGUUCGGUCGAGUAGGCUUCCUGAAGGAGCUAAUAAUAUGACGAGUGAUUUGAACAAUGGAGUUUUCAAGAUCAGUAGCUAUGCGAGAAUCUCUGGUAAAGUUCAGUUGAUUAAGAUUAUCAAUAACAGGAAGACGCGUGAGAUGAAGUGUUCUAUGACUCUGGUUUUGAAAACCAAGAGAAUCAAGGAUUUAAGAUGUUAAUUAAGAUUGAGAUUAUGAUUAAGAUUACGAGGUUUCUUUUUUUGUAUAUUUAAAAUUUUUGUUUUGGGUUUAUUUUGAUUAUUAAUUUGAUGUUAAUACGAGUCGUUUUUCUUUUUCUUUUUUUUUUUGUAUUAAUAUUUUAUUUGUUUGAGAAUGUAGUGUGUACAUAAAUAUUUGUUUAUUUAUUUUGAGAAAACCAAAAAGACACUUUUGUUAUAUUUUGUAUUAUUUGCUUGGCUUCAUACUAAUUAACAGCUUGGCUUAAUGAUGAA